AUGGGACAAUACAGUGUGUUUGUCGUACCCUCUGAGUAUUUAGAGGAGGUGGAGGGGCUUGAAGAUGAAACCUGGCUCACCACAGGCCGUCGGAUCUUAACGGAUCCGGACAACGACGAAGCUCACUGGAUCACCGUGAUUCUUCCUCGAGAAAUGGACAAUACCCAUAGCGAUGAAGAUAUCAUGAAGCAUGUACUUCAUAACAUCCGGACCCGGCGAGCCAUCGUGAGUGAAGUAGCACACCAUAACCUAGGAAUGAUUUGCAUCUCGAUCCCGGUCCCGCUUAGCACUGUUAGCACCACUACAGUUUUGGCUCGCGCCGAGAAUGAUGUGAACAAGUGGCUGGAACUAAUUCGUGAUGGGUUUGUUACUCUUGACCGUGGGGUGAUCUUUGGGCGUCGGUAA